AUGCGGCCCUCUGCUCCCCUCCCGCUGCUGCUAUCCGUCUCCACAGCAGCAAACGCGAUCCCCCUCAUCGAUCGUCUCCUCCAUCUUCGUGGCACAAAGCCAACAAAGACCUACUCAGUGGUCAAUGUUGAGGGAAGUCCCAGCGCCGACCCGCCAGUUGUCACCAUCACAAGAUCGCCGGUUCAAACAACGGUCACGCAGAGAGUCACCGAUACCAUCACCCAGAUCUCGUCUGCAGUACAGACAACAUCUACUACAUCCCUCAUCAUCGUGAACGUCGAUGGCACCACGGACAGCGGCCCAGCAACCGUCACUGUCUACCCAAGCGUAAAGCCUACCCCUGAAUCAACACCUUUGACAGUCACUCCCACGACGGCACCAAUAACGCCACCGGUUGCUCCUCCGCCAAGUUCUGUUGAGCCAGCACCCUCCUCAGCUGCACCGUCAACUCAAGUCUCCGAGUCUAUUCUGCCAGCUCCUUCUUCAACAAGUACGCCUGGCAUCCCUUCGAGCAUUGCAAUUCCUUCAUCCACACCGUCCUCGAGCGCCCCUGUCGUGGUGCCUCCCCCAUUAAGCGAGACAUUGGCGUCGCCUAGCCCAUCCUCGCCAGUGCCUUCGUCGCCAUCGACAUCUGCUCUCGAGCUGCCGCCCUCUACAGAAACCCCAGUGGCACCAUCAUCAGCACCUGUUGGCUCAUCCACCGCCAGUGUUGUGCCUCUUCCUUCGACGGAAACCCAGGGUACUGCCAGUGCGUUCCCAUCGCCGUCGCCGUCGCCGUCCGCCAGUGUCUCCACGGGAGCAGCUGAGCCUCCAUCGACAUGGACAUCUAUUGCGGCACCCCCAGCAUCAUCCUCAGCAGCCGCAGUUUCCAGUUCCUCCGAGACCAAUGUGGUUCCCCCUCAGUCAUCAGUAACAUGGGCUGCUCCAAGUGAACCGGUUUCAACACCAGUUGAAUCGUCUGUGGUCAUCGUUCAGCCUCCCUCGCCCACGGAGACCCCGGUUGCGCCGACUUCUUAUGUCGCUCCCCCUGUGGGACCAUCAUCUGCUCUUCCACCUAACGUAACAUCAUCAACAUUAUCAACCUCGACGACUACAUCUUCUACCUCUACUAGCACAAGCGUCACAGAGGCUCACACGCCGCCGACUCCUACCCAAGUCUAUGAGACCACUUAUCAAACCUCAUGGGUACAGACGCCCAGCUCUUUCCCUCAACCCUCAACCUUUGUCACCAGCAUCAUCAGUGUGACAACAUCUUCCUCGGUUCCGGAGUCUACCACGAGCUUUGACGAUGGUGAUUGGUCUACCACCAAGUACCCCGAGUGGAACGGUACUGCCAGCGCGACCCCUCGCUACCGCCGAUGA